GGCUCUUCCCGGGCAAAGGGAGGCGGAGGAGGGAGAGACCCUCGCCCGGCCCUCCUCCGGCUUCCACCGCGGCUCCCAUGCUCCCCAGCCGUCCUCUACAUGUAAAGAGCCUGAAUGUGGGGAGGGGAGAGUCAGCCUUGCGGAGGCCCACCAGGAAAGGAGAGAAGCCGGGCGAGGAGGAGAUACAGAAGCUCGAAGCCAUUUGAAAUCUUUGCAAGCCAUAAUUUUCUCUUGGGGGAAAAAAGAGCUGAAUAAUCGAGGAUCAGUCCUGCAGCACCAGAAAUGGUCCCGUGAAGGAAAAGGCAUCAGGAGAUCCACCAGAGUCCUUGGACCUAUUUGGAGUUGCUCUGCAGGACAGAGAAAGGAUGGAGACACAACCUUUUGGAAAGGAGGGAGCCGGAAAAGGCCCUUCACCUGCUCAGCCUGGAAAGGGGGGGAAGCUCUGGACAAGGACUGGGCAGAAGAUCCUGGAGGAGGAAACCAUCCUCCCUUCACAAGUUCAGCCCUGGAACUUCAGGAGCCUCCAGUACCAGGAGGCUGAGGGUCCCCGAAUAUUUUGCAGCCGACUCCAUGGCUUUUGUAGGCAAUGGCUGAGACCAGAAAAACACACCAAAGCCCAGAUGCUGGACCUGGUUGUUCUGGAGCAGUUCCUGGCCCUUCUGCCUCCAGAGAUGGAGGGCUGGGUGCGGGAGUGUGGAGCAGAGACCAGCUCCCAGGCGGUGGCUCUGGCUGAAGGCUUCCUCCUGAGCCAGGCGGAGGAGCAGAAGGAGCAGGUCGAGUUGCAGUGCUGCACUGUGAAGAUCAGAGAUCCUGAGCGAAAUAAGAAUCCAUUAAAUCAGAAGGUUUUUUCUAGGAGGAUCCCUUGGGAAGACCCACGUCAGGACACCUCAGGAGAGAAACAAAGCUUGAAGUUUUCUGGUUUUUACGAUGGAGCUCAAACUGUGAUUGAACCUCCAAAUCAAGAGACUCUUGUGUCCUUCGAGGAGGUGGCUGUGUAUUUCUCUGAGGAGGAAUGGUCUCAGCUGGAUCCUGACCAAAAAGCCCUGCAUUCAGAAGUAAUGCUUGAAAAUCAUAAGAACGUGGUCUCUCUGGGCAAUAAGAGGCAGGAGAAUCUAGAUUCCUAUGAACUGUUCCAAGUGAUCAAUGCUAAGGAUGGAACAGAGAAAUUUGGAAUUCGAAUGGAAUUAGAAACCAAUGAGAGAAACCAGUCAAAUAAUUGGAAUCAGGAAAGCUCAUCUUCCACUGAUGCUCCUAUGCAAGACUUUCUUGUCCAACAAGAGAAAAUAAGGAAAAAAUAUAUUGGGGAAAGUGUGAAGCUAAUCAAAGAUAAAUUACAUGUAAACAAACACCAUUUAACGCAAAACAAAGGAGAAGAUGCUAUAAGACACAACGGACAAAAUUACAACGAGAUAUUCAUUCUUUGUCUUGGAAAUAAGUUCCUUACAACUCAAAAAGUGAUUCACACAAAAAAGGAUCCUUAUAAACGUUUGGAAUCUGGAAAACAUUUUAGAACAAGUGGGAAACUUACGUCCCAUGAAAGGAUUCACACUGGGGAGAAACAGUGUUCAGAAGCACCUGUAGCCCAUGCAACCCAGUCUCUCCAGGCAGCAGGAGAGAAACCCUAUAAAUGCAUGGAGUGUGGGAAAACCUUUAUUCAUAGCAAUGGACUUAGAAACCACAAAAUGAUCCACACAGGAGAGAAACCAUAUAAAUGCAUGGAAUGUGGGAAGACCUUUGCUCUGAGUAAUAGACUUGCUGUGCACAAAAAGAUCCACACAGGUGAAAAGCCAUUUAAAUGUAUGGAGUGCGGGAAAACGUUUACUCAAAGUGGUCAUCUUAUUUCCCAUAUGAUGAUCCACACAGGGGAAAAGCCAUUUAAAUGCAUGGAUUGUGGAAAGACCUUUGCUCACAGAGGUAAUCUUAUUUCCCAUCAGGUGAUCCACACAGGAGAGAAACCAUAUGAAUGCAUGAGUUGUGGAAAGACUUUUGCUCGUAGCAGUGAUCUUAGAAACCACGAAAAGAUCCACACAGGAGAAAAGCCAUUUAAAUGCAUGGAGUGCGGAAAGACCUUUGCUCAAAGAGAUAAUCUUAUUUGCCAUAAUAUUAUCCACACAGGGGAGAAGCCCUGUAAAUGUAUGGAGUGUGGGAAAACCUUUACUCGUAGCUAUGAACUUACUAUCCACAAAAAGAAACACACGGGAGAGAAACCAUAUACAUGCACGCAGUGUGGGAAAACCUUUACUCGUAGCUCUGAACUUACUAUCCACAAAAAGAGACACACAGGAGAGAAACCAUAUAAAUGCAUGCAGUGCGGGAAAACCUUUAUUCGUAGCUAUGAACUUACUAUCCACAAAAAGAGACACACGGGAGAGAAACCAUAUAAAUGCAUGCAGUGUGGGAAAACCUUUACUCGUAGCAAUGAACUUACUAUCCACAAAAAGACCCACACAGGGGAAAAACCAUUUAAAUGCAUGGAGUGUGGGAAAGCCUUUACUCAAAGCAAUGGACUUAGAAACCACAAAACAAUCCACACAGGAGAGAAACCAUAUAAAUGCAUGGAGUGUGGAAAGACCUUUGUUUACAACAGUAGUCUUACUAACCACAAAAAGAUCCACACCGAUGAAAAAUCAUUUAAAUGCAUGGAGUGUGGGAAAACCUUUGCUCAUAGCAAUGGACUUAGAAACCACAAAAAGAUCCACACAGGGGGGAAACCAUUUAAAUGCAUGGAGUGUGGGAAAGCAUUUACUAAAAAAGGUCAUCUUAUUUCCCAUAAGAUGAUCCACACAGGAGAGAAACCAUAUAAAUGCAUGGUGUGUGGAAAGACCUUUGUUCAACGGGGUCAUCUUAUUUCCCAUAAGAUUAUCCACACAGGGGAGAAACCAUAUCAAUGCAUGCAGUGUGGUAAAAAGUUUACUCGUAGCUAUGAACUUACUAUCCAUGAAAAGAGACACAUGGGAGAGAAACCAUAUAAAUGCAUGCAGUGUGGGAAAACCUUUACUCGUAGCAAUGAACUUACUACCCACAAAAAGAUCCACACAGGAGAGAAACCAUAUAAAUGCAUGGAGUGUGGGAAAACAUUUACUCAUAGCAGUGUGCUUAGAAGCCACAAAAAGAUUCAUACUGGAGAGAAACCAUAUAAAUGUAUGGAAUGUGGAAAGACCUUUGCUCUGAGCAGUAGACUUACUAUCCACAAAAUGAUCCACACAGGGGAAAAGCCAUUUAAAUGCAUGGAGUGUGGAAAGACCUUUGCUCAGAAUGGUAAUCUAUCUUCUCAUAAAAGGAUCCACACACGGGAGAAACCUUACAAAUGUUUGGAAUGUGGAAAAUGUUUUAGAACAAAUGGGCAACUUACUUCCCAUGAAAGAAUUCAUACUGGGGAGAAGCCAUACAAAUGCAGAGAGUGUGGCAACAGGUUCAGAAGAUGUAGUAAUCUUAUUUCCCAUAAAAGGAUCCACUCAGGAGAGAAACCCUAUAAAUGCAUGGAGUGUGGAAAGACCUUUGCUCAGAGCAUUGGACUUAGAAGCCACAAAAUGAUCCACACAGGAGAGAAACCAUAUAAAUGCAUGGAAUGUGGAAAGACCUUUGCUCUGAACAGUAGACUUACUAUCCACAAAAAGAUCCACACGGGGGAAAAGCCAUUUAAAUGCAUGGAGUGUGGAAAGACUUUUGCUCAAAGAUGUCAUCUUAUUUCCCACAAAAGGGUCCACUCAGGAGAGAAACCAUAUAAAUGCAUGGAGUGUGGGAAAACCUUUACUCAUAGCAGUGGACUUACUAUCCACAAAAGGCUCCACACAGGAGAGAGACCAUAUAAGUGCGUGGAGUGUGGAAAGACCUUUGCUCAACAUAGAUAUCUUGCUUCCCAUAAGAUGAUCCACACAGGAGAGAAACCAUAUAAAUGCAUGGAGUGUGGGAAAACCUUUACUCAUAGCAAUUCACUUGCUAUCCACAAAAGGCUCCACACAGGAGAGAAACCAUAUAAAUGUAUGGAGUGUGGAAAGGCUUUUGCUCUGAACAGUACACUUACUAUCCACAAAAAGAUCCACACAGGAGAAAAGCCGUAUCAAUGCAUGGAGUGUGGGAAAACCUUUACUCAUAGCAGUGGACUUACUAUCCACAAAAGGCUCCACACAGGAGAGAAACCAUAUAAAUGCAUGGAGUGUGGAAAGACCUUUGCUCAACGCAGUUAUCUUGCUUCCCAUACAAUGAUCCACACAGCAGAUAAACCAUUUAAAUGCAUGGAGUGUGGAAAGUCCUUUGCUCAAAGAGGUCAUCUUAUUUCCCAUAAAAUGAUCCACACAGGGGAGAAGCCGUAUAAAUGCACACAGUGUGGAAAGACUUUUACUCGUAGAAGUGUUCUUACUAUCCACAGAAAGCUCCACACAGAAGACAAACCAUAUAAAUGCAUGGAGUGUGGAAAGACCUUUGUUUUGAGUAGUAGGCUUAGUAUCCACAAAAAGAUCCACACAGGGGAGAAACCAUAUAAAUGCAUGAAUUGUGGAAAGGCAUAUGCUCGGAGCUAUGAUCUUACUUCCCAUAACAAAAUCCACACAGGAGAGAAGCCAUAUAAAUGCAUGGAAUGUGGAAAGAGCUUUGCUCGGAAUCAUAGCCUUACUUGUCAUAAAAGGAUCCAUGCUCGGGAGAAACUAUAUAGCAGUAGCCAUUCCACUUAAACUUAUAUACCACUCCAAACUGCUGUACAGCAUUCUCUGAGCAGUUGUUCUGUCCCCGCCUCACACACGCACCCCCACAGACGGCCAAGAGUUAAUAAGCCAACACACGAAAGAUUCUUCGAUGACAAAGUUGGCAGCAACCCAAUGGCUGGCUGCCAAUAAUCUUUACUUACAAGGAAGGAGUUUCCCCUUUGUUCGGAACACCAAAACAAAAUCACAAUAACAAAGAGAUUAGUCCGAAUUCAGUCCGAUAAGUCAGGCAAAGUUCCAGCAACACAGAGAGGAUGAGUUAUUUCCAGUUUUUGCUCAUCAUAGAGCUUGAACGGCCACCACACCCCCUUUUAUACCCUGUGGGAUGUGGUCCAGUGACUCAGCCUAAUCCCUGAAACGCCUCUUUCUCUGCUGCGCGCGCUUAUCUCUGCGACGCUGUCGAGGGUCCAGCCAAGACUCAUCUUCCUCAUUACUGUCCGCCUGUGGCUGCGUGGACGUGCUUGGCCCCGGGCCUAUCUUUUGGCCUUCGGUGUCCUCCGGAGGCAUUGCCAGAGAGGAAGGUCCUGGAGAGGGAGGCCUUGCCAACUCCUCUCCUUCACUCUCGGAGUCCUCUCCUGCUGAUAAUCCAGGCUCAGGGAACGGAGCCACAACAGCAGUUUAUAAAGUCAGCAAAUGGUCAAAACCUGGCUCAAAAACAGUAGCUGUGAGUGGGACCUUGGAUUUUGGUUUGGCUAGUCUAGAGAAAAGAAGGAUUAGAAGUGACAUGAUAGCAAUAUUCCAGUAAUUGAGAGGCUGCCACAAAAGAGGAGGGAAUCAAUUUUUUUUCCAAAGCACCAGAGGGCAAGACACGAAACGAUGGAAACUAAUAAUGGAGAGAAGCAACCUGGAAUUUCCUUACAGUGAGGACAAUUGGGCAGAAGCUGGCAGGUGGGCACCCCCCACCUGCUCCAGGAGGGAAGGCAGGCUUCGCGCUGUCUGGCUUAGCCAUCCAGGUGGAGAUGGGCACCGCAGCAGGUGGGAUGGAGGCAGGAGGGAUGUGCGAGCGGGCUCGGUGGAGCCACUUAGCAGGGAGGGAGACUCCUGCCCAUUUGGUUUGCUUCAGCAUGGGGUGGGAACACAGAAGGCAGAGGAAAUCCAUGCCUCGGUGUUCCAUCAUCAAAGACUCCUUUGCAUCCCAGAAUUUGAUCCUGCACUCUCUCUCUUUCUCUCCUCCCUCCCUCCUUCUUUCUCCUUCCUUCCUUCCUUCCUUCCUUCCUUCCUUCCUUCCUUCCUUCCUUCCUUCCUUCCUUCCUUCCUUCCUUCCUUCCUUCUCUCUGAUUCUGAUUCUCUAGCACCUCAUUUCUUGCUGGGUUUUGCGGGUGCUUCUCCCAGCCCUUUUUGGUGUGCACAGUACCAACAAAGGCCGGAAGAAGCGCCUGCGAGAUCCAGCAAGAGAUAAGGCAAGUGCAGGGGUGCUUUGCUCCUGCUCUGGAAUAUGGAGCGAGUCUCCAUCCCCUGCCGUCGACCUUACCUUCUCAGGCCAGGAGAGGAGUGACUGGGAGGGGAGGGUGAGGGGCAGAGCCAGCCAGUGGUGGGAUCACCUGACAGCCACAGCAGAGGGACAAAAGAGCCGCAUGCAGCUCUGGAACUGCAGGCUGCCGACACCCGAGCUAGAUGAAUCUCGGAAACGGAGAUACUAGAUGGCUUUUCCCAGCCAGUUGAUUGAGAACCUGCUAGAGAGGUUGAAACAGAUGAGCAUUGAGAGCAUAGGAUAACCAUGCAGAUCUGAAGCACCCAGAGUGAUCCUGAACUGGCCUACUUUGACAUUCCCACCAGUUUCAGUUGCAGUGACUCAGUUGGCUAGCCCUCCCCCAGUGCUGUCGGCAGUCUUGCCUGGAUCCACAGCAAAGCCCACUGCCCUUUCAUCAGUUACUGACCCACCUGGCCACCCACACCACCUAGCAAGGACCCCCACCAUGGGCAUAUUACCCUGGGGCCAGCUGGGUCCUGGGGCAAUGGACUUCAUCUUGGGCAUUGCCGCAGCCUGCUCCCCCUCCCCAAUCUGCCCUUCCAUCAAUGAAGGCCACCUUCGAAGGGAACCAAACAAGCAGGGGUGGGCCCACGUAGACGAUCAUGGUGCAGACUACCUCAGCGUCUAAACCAUGGUCUGGGCCAUAACAACAAACUUGAAGGGGAAUGCAGCAGACUGGGCCACCCAACUCCAUGAUGAAGCCAUGUCAGAAAUUUCAGAGCUGCUUUCAGUUCAGAGCUACUUUCGAUGGAACCCCAGGGAAGCUGGUGUACUUUCUGAACUGGAUCUGGUCCCAUCUCUACUGUUAUAGGGCUCAAUACCAAUCGGAUCAGGAAAUAAUCUUAGCGAAAACUCGCUCGGCAAGCUGUUGAGGUUCCUCCCCCACCUUCAAAAGGGAAAGAAGCUCCAGCUCUGAAACCCUCUCCAGGCACCACCAGAAAGAGCAGCAAGGCCAGUGAAGAGGAUCCGAUGGUAAAUGAAGCCAUCUGCCCCUUUGCCAUAAAGUUCCGAACAGUGGUACCCAGAAUGGGCCCAGGGGAACAUAGAAGCUGUCAUAGACACUGGGUGUACUAGGUGCCUAAUUAGUCUCCCCACUGUCCAGAAGACAGGUCUAGUUUUCUGAACACUUUGCCCUUUGAUAGGUGACUUAGCAUGUCUUUUAUUAGGGGGGAGAGGGUAGGUAUUCUCCACGCACAUGGCGUUAAUUCCAUGGGAAUUCACACAGACUCUAAUUUCCUCCCCCCAUCCUUUUUUUUGAUGGGGGAGGAGGAAAUUACUGCACUGGGGCCGCCACUUUAGAUUUGGCGGGCUGAAUGAAACCCCUUGGCAAAUUGGUGUUGAUGUACUUCCUCAAUUUGUCCAUCUCUCUAGGGAUCAUGGAAUACGUCUUGAUUUUUGGCACUUAGCUCUUGGCACAAAUUCUAUUGCUCAGUGGGUGGAGCAGGGAGGGGGGAAAGGGGGAAGAUAUUGUGCUCGCUGAAUGCAUCUGCCAGGAACCUGUACUCUUUGGGCACCUGGGGGAAGCCAGGUGGGCCAUCCGCAGCGGCUGCUACCCUCUCUCCCCAACCAGGCCUGAUUGGGGGCUGAAGUGGUUGAGCUUUGCCUUGAGGGAACAGUGAUAGUGGACAGAUGCCUAUUUUUAGCUUCCAGUAGCCAUCUUCCCACGUUAUGGCUGGACCCCAUUUGUCCAGCCAAGCAAGGCCUAGGAUGACCAACUCUUUCAUCUUUGGGGCUACCACGAAGUGUAUAGGUUUCCACUGGGGUCCCAUCUCCACUCUCACAAGCUCAGUGACUACAGUGGCUCGGGCUUUGACUAUUAACAUCCCAUCAACUUCCUCGAAGCAUAUUGGGCGCCCCAGUUCUAGAAGGGAGUUCCUAAACUCCAUAGGAUUGACUCAAGGGCUUAACUCGGCAUUUCAUCUGAGUGCUAACGGAGCCAUGGAACACGCAAAUGCCAUGGUGGAGCAGUAUCUGAGAUGCUAUGUGGACUAUCAACAAAACAACUGGGCGGACUUGCUGCCUUUCCUGGAGGUGGCUUACAAUAACACAGUGCACAGUAGCACCGACUGAUUCCCCUUCCAAACGGCUAGGGGUAUGGACUUUGUCCCCAUGCCCAGGCUGCCUCAAGAGCUGCCAUCAUCCAUGACCCUGGCAGAGUGAAUGGAAUUGUUAAGGCUGGGUUGGGAGAAUAUAAAGUGAGCCCUGGCUGAGGUGGCAAAACACAAGCAGAUAAGCACUGAUCCUUCCAUCCCCCCUUCCGGGUGGGAGAUCAUGUAUACCUAUCAACAAAAUACAUUAAGCUAAAAUUGCCUAGCAAGAAACGGGGGGCCUAAGUUUCUAGGGCCAUUCUCAAUAGUGAAAGAAAGUAACUCAGUGACAGUACAACUUAGUCUCCCACACCUGCUAGGGAAAGUGCAUACAGUUUUCCAUUGCAGCUUGUAAAAGCCGGUAGUUAACUCACAGCUAACACUGAGGAACAGGGGAGCUCCUUAACUGGUUAUGGUACAGGAUGAGACCCAUUAUAAGGUUAAGAAAAUAUUGGGCUUAAGGUUACACUGGGGUUGCUUGCAAUAUUUAGUCCACUGGAAGGGAUAUCCUUUGAGGCUACGUAAGUGAAGAGCUGGGAUGUAAAAGCAUAGAAUAGAAUUUUUUUUAUUGGCCAAGUGUGAUUGGACACACAAGGAAUUUGUCUUGGUGCAUAAGCUCUCAGUAUACAUAAAAGAAAAGAUACAUUCAUCAAGCAUCAUAAGGUACAAACUUAAGAAUAUCAUAGGGUACAAAUAAGCAAUCAAAUCAUUAGGAAACAGUCAAUAUAAAUCGUAAGUAUACAAGCAACAAAGCUACAGUCAUAAGUGGAAGGAGAUGGGUGAUGGGAAUGAUGAGAUUAAUAGUAGUGCAGACUUAGUAAGUAGUUUGACUGUUGAAGGAAUUAUUUGUUUAGCAGUGAUGGUGUUUGGGAAAAAACUUCUUGUGUCUAGUUGUUCUGGUGUGCAGUGCUCUAUAGCAUCGUUUUGACGGUAGGAGUUGAAACAGUUUAUGUCCAGGAUGCGAGGGGUCUGUAAAUACUUUCACAGCCCUCUUUUUGACUCAUGCAGGUCCUCAAUGGAAGGCAGGUUGGUAGCAAUUGUUUUUUCUGCAGUGCUAAUUAUCCUCUGAAGUCUGUGUCUGUCUUGUUGGAUUGCAGAACCAAGCCAAACCAUAGAAGUGCAGAUGACAGACUCAAUAAUUCCUCGGUAGAACUGUAUCAGCAACUCCUUGGGUAGUUUGAGCUUCCUGAGUUGGCGCAGAAAGAACAUUCUUUGGUGUGCUUUUUUGAUGUUAGAUGUCCAUUUUAGGUCUUGAGAUAUGAUAGAACCUAGAAAUUUGAAGGUCUCUUCUGUUGAUACUGUGUUGUCUAGUAUUGUAAGAGGUGGAAGUAUGGAAGGCUUUCUCCUAAAGUCUACCACCAUUUCUACAGUUUUGGGUGUGUUCAGUUCCAGAUUGUUCCGGUCGCACCACAAGGCUAGUUGUUCAACCCCACCGUCUGUAUGCGGAGUCAUCAUUGUCUUGAAUGAGACUGAUCACUGUUGUGUCAUCUGCAAACUUCAGUAGUUUAACAGAUGGAUCAUUAGGGAUGCAGUCAUUGGUAUAUAGAGAGAAGUGGGGAGAGCACACAGCCUCGGGGGGGGGCUGUGCUAUAAUUGUACAGGUAUCUGAUGUGAUUCUUCUUAGCUUGAUUGCUGCUUCCUGUUCGUUAGGCAGCUUAUGAUCCACUUACAAGUGUGUUCAGGUACCUCUAGCUGGUUUAGCUUAGUUAGAAGCAGGGUGGAUAUAAAUCAAUGAUUUUUUUUAAAAAAAUCCGAUUUAAAUCGGAUUUUUUUGAUUAUCAAAUUUAAAUUUUAAUGAAAUGCUUUUGAAGUAAAAAUCUAUCUAAAGAUACUCUUCUAUUUAAGAUACAUUAAUAAUUUAGUUUAUUCAGCAUGAAACGGAGCUUAGUUAUGUAGCAUGAGGCUGUAUAUUCUGUAAUAUUGGGACUGUCGGCGAAUCAACAGCAGGUCAGAGGAGGAGCCGCUGCGGGACAGAGAUGACAGUUGUUCUUUAAAAAUUAUGAUUUAAAUCGAGUUGAUUUAAAUCAAGCCCUUUUACUAGUGAUUUAAAUCAUGAUUUAAAUCAUGAUUUAAACUGACUUGAUUUAAAUCAAAUCCACCCUGGUUAGAAGAGAGUCAGGAAUGAUGGUUUGAAUGCUGAACUAGUCUACAAAGAGGACCCUUGUGUAGGUCUUUGGAGAUUCAAGAUGUUGUAGGAUGUAGUGCAGAGCCAUAUUAACAGCAUCAUCUGUUCGUCUAUUUGGUCGGUAUGCAAAUUGCAAAGGGUCUAACAGCGGAUCCGUGAUGGUUUUCAAGUGGGACAGCACUAGCCUUUCAAAGGUUUUCAUGACUACAGAUUUUAGAGCAACUGGUCUGUAGUCAUUCAGUUCCUUGAUGGUGGGCUUCUUCGGCACUGGGAUGAUAGUAGAGCAUUUGAAGCAAGAAGGAAUAUAGCACAUGUCUAGCGAUUUAUUGAAGAUUCGGUUGAAGAUGGGGGCCAAUUGAUCAGCACAGACUUUUAGCAAGAAGGAGUUAUCUUGUCUGGGCCUGGAGCUUUUCCUGGCUUUUGUCUGUGAAAUAGGUCUUGUACUUCCUUUUCUGCGACCACUAGGGGUUGUGAACCCAAUGGGAUGGGGUCAUAUAGGUUAGUAAAACAAUUCCAUGAGAAAUUCCCUAGCAAGCCAAAGGGGACCCCGUGAGGGGGGGGGGGGAGAGGUGGUUAGGAACAGCAUUAUUAACUCCUAUCACUUAUCUCGUUUCAGGAUGUCCUCAUCUGCUGAGUGGGGGCAGCCUGUCAUCCCUGGAGCCAUCUUUAAUGGGAGUCUUCAGGGCUAUCAUAGAGGUGGCUGGGCAAGCUUUGGGAACGGGAAGGAGGAAGUAGAGAUAGUGUGGGGUGUGUAAUCAGAACAUUCUUUUCCUUGGGAGUCAAGGACAUCUUGGCAGCACCUGGGGAGGCAUUUCUGGAAGUUAACUGAAGUUGGGACAGUGACCGGAUUGGGCCAUGGGUGCCAAUAUGUGCUUGGCGGGGAAGGAACUUUGAUUUUUACUUUGGGGUGGGGAAAACGCGGGGCUUUCAGAUUCGGGUUUUCCCCAGAUGUGCCAAAAUGAUCUCUAAUAAAUUUGUACUUUGAGGAAG